UCCACAUAGAGCGCGCGCAUUUCGCCGUGCAUCCUUCAUCGUUUCUUCAGUGAUGUCGAGGUCUUCAUCGAGGCUCGCGUGCGUCUUGUGCGUGGCGCUGCUCUGCACGGCGGCGAUCAUCUGCGUGUGCGCGCUGCUGCUCGUGCGGAUGCGCCGGUGCUGUGAGGAGGACGGGGAGUUUUCGCGCGCCGCCGUGGCCGCCGACUCUCUCAUGUGUUCUAAGAUGGGCAGGGACAUUCUGUUAGAAGGUGGCUCGGCAGUAGACGCUGCUAUUUCUGCACUGCUAUGCACUUCACUAGUUAAUCCUCAGAGCAUGGGCAUUGGAGGAGGUUCCAUCUUUACCAUCAUGAGCAAAGAUGGUGACGUGACUGUGAUCAACUCAAGAGAAAGGGUCCCUAAAAGCUUCUCACCAAACCUGCUGAGCAAAUGUCCCCAAUCUUGGGCAUUUCUAGUUGGUCCAGACUGGAUUGGUGUUCCAGGAGAGCUGCGUGGUUAUGAAUUUGCUCAUAAAAAGUUUGGUAAACUGCCAUGGAGACGACUGUUCCUGCCCGUCAUCACCCUGGCCAGAGACGGCUUUCCUGUUCCUGAAUACCUUGUCAAAAUUCUCAGCAACCCAAAUAUCAGUACACUGAUGACUAAAACAUCACUAUGUGAACUAUUUUGCCAUAAGAAUAAGACCGUUUUUGGCAAAGGUGAUAUACUACGAUACCCCAAACUCGCAGAGACUCUGGAAAUAAUUGCGGAACAUGGGGCCGAAGCUUUUUAUACAGGAAAAAUCGCUCAAGACUUAGUCCAAGAUGUAAAAGCAUCAGGUGGAUCAUUGUCACUAGAGGAUCUAAAGUCUUUUAAGGUGAUUGUUGCUGAGGCAUUAUCGGUUCAGUUGGGUAAUUUUACAAUGCAUUCCCCUCCCCCGCCAUUCGCAGGCCCUAUACUCAGCUUCAUCCUCAAAGUCAUGGAGGGUUUUGGACUUUCACCAUCGUCUGUGAAAGGUGAGGCGAGGAAACAGACACUUCAUAACUACAUAGAAACGCUAAAGUUUGCAAACGGACAGAGGAACAAUAUCAGAGACCAGCAGCACAGCCAACUCAAAGCAGACCAUCUGAUGGAUUCCAGCUUUGUUGAACGCAUUAGAUCGAUGAUCAAAAGCAGCAACUAUGCACAACCGCCGUCUUACUACAACAUCACCCCCGGCACUGACCGGUUUGGGACAACUCAUGUUUCUGUCCUAGCGAGCGAUGGCUCGGUUGUUUCUGUCACCAGCACCAUCAACUACUUUUUUGGAUCAGGUGUCUAUUCUCCUAAAACGGGAAUCAUACUUAAUAACGAGCUGGCGGAUUUCUGCGGAAGAUCCAGUUCUUUCUCUGCAGGUGAACAGCCCCCAUCCUCCAUGUCUCCUGUUAUCAUCCACUCAAAGGACAGAGAGAAAGUCCUCAUUAUUGGAGGAUCUGGAGGAAGUCAGAUUAUCACCGGCAUGGCCACGGCAAUAAUGAACAAACUGUGGUUUGGGAUGAACCUGGAAGAUGCCAUUAAGGACAAAGUGGUUUAUGUCAAUGCAGAUAAUUCUGUGUCGUUUGAACACGGGUUUAAUGAGUCGAUGAAGAGUGCCAUGCAGAGUUUCAGACAUACCGUGAAAGAACCCAGAUUUUCCUUUAACGUUGUGAACGGCAUCAUGAAAGAAAACGGCUGCAUCACUGCUUUCUCUGAUAGUAGGAAACACGGAAAAGCAUCAGGUUACUGAUCACACUGGAGCAGAUUUAACUCACACCCUAACUUACAGCUCUUUAGUGUUACUGUAGAGGAUCUAGAUUACAGUAUACCAGGCCUAUAUUAUAAGCUGCUCUCUGUAUUGUACUGUAAAUCUCUGCCCAAUGCUUAUUUACUAUAAUGGACAAUUUAAUGCAUUGUAGCAGACUAAUACAGGGAUCCGGGUUAAGAUUUUACUGGAACAUAAUAAGGCACAGAUCUUUUACAUGUAUUUUUACUUAAUCAGGUAAUCAAUCAUGACUAUUCAGUUGUAACAGAAAACUUAAGACAUGAAUCCAGUACAAAUCUAAGUUGUACAGUAAGCGGGGCAUUAAUCAUAUGCACUUGGUAACUCCAGGAGACAAAAAAGAUCAAAAGUACACUUUCAGUCACUGCAAUAUUCAGAAGAUAAUCACACAAAGAGUUGGCAAGACUUCGCAAUGCUUGUUAGUUAGAUGUUAUGCUGUAAAAAAAGUAAAGCUCUUGCUGUACGUACUUCAAAAACUCAGGAGAGGGGGCAUGGGGGGGGGUUCUUUGAUGUUCUUUGGUUAUGUAUAUCAUGCUAAUACAUUAGGACAGUAACGGUAAAAAUGACAUGUUAAUGCAUACAGUAGUACCUAGAAUCUCCGAGCUGCCAGCUGUUGCCAUAGAAACAACUGGCUGUUUUAUAACACAAAAUGGUCACUCCUUGUGUUCUAGUGGUUUUCUUGCUUUUGUGUAAUAAAUAAGAAAAAAAACAAACAUGGAUCUGCAUUUUCCAAGCAAAAAAAAGCAGGAGUGUAGCUAGGAAUUCCAGACUUUCCAAAAAUAUAUAUUUCUCUUGGCACCAAACUGUUUAAUUUUAUAUUGGGGUUUUAUGACCCAAGACUUGAGCCACCCCUUAUUUAGACAUACUGUAGGACUAGUUGACUAGACGUGUGAAAACAUUCCUUAAUAUUUGGUCAGGUACAAGGAAUGGAUUACAGAUGAGAGCCAAAAAGCCUUCAGGGAGCUUCAAGACUACAGUACAUUACGACUGGUUCUUUGGAAAUAAAAUAUAAACAAAUACAUGGUGGCACAAGACUUUUACACAGCACUGCAUUACCAACCAAAAAUGCCCGGAAUUUCCCUGAGAGUUUCCCGUUGUCAGUCCAGUAACAGACUAGACGUAUGUAAAUGUUUAUAAAGAACUAGUCUUAAAAUCAAGCAACAGUUUCUGUUCAGUUUAUGUCUCAACUAAUAUACAUUAAUCAUACAGACCUGGUUAGAAACGUUAACAAUUUUACACAAAAGAAAGUUUUCUAUGAAAAGCAAAAAAAUCACACAGAGGAAUAAAUAAACCCAACUGAGCCAAAGUAGCAGACUGUGCCUUAAGUGAAUGUAAAUGUGAUAUUAUUUAGACUAUUUCAAGAAUCGUUAUCCUUAGUAUGAUAUUUGAUAUAUAUCAUAUAGUAUGAUAUAUAACUGUUUUGUAUAUUUUUACAACAGUGAUGUAACCCUAUAGCUUUUGUACUGAUUUUUACACUUACUAUAUAUAUAUACUGUAUGUAUGUAAUAUAUGUAUUAUGUUUUUUUUUUUUGCCAUUUAGCAGGACACAUUAUUCAUAUCUUUAUAUUCAUAUCUUCAUGUUUUGUGUGUGUGUGUCCAAUUACAUCAAUGUUACUCUUGACUUAAAAUAGCAUUAAUAGACCAUUAGAGGAAAAGAAUAAAGCAUAAAUAAUGAGAACCAGAAAUGAAUACCAGCACUAAAAUUGUUACAACCAUUGUUUUAUUGUAGGUUAUAUCUGUUAUGACUUAAGUGGCAUACACUGAUCAGCCAUAAUAAUAAAACCCAACACAUUAUACUUAAUAUGGUGUAGGUUUCCUUCCCUCAGGGCACGACUCCACAAGCCCCCUGGAGGUGCGCUUUGGUGUCUGGCACCAGGAAGUAGGCAGUGAGCUAACCUUCGGUCCCCACAGGUAUGGGUGACGCCUGGGUGCCUAUGAUGUUGUCAUCGGUUUACUGAUGUAUAAUUGAUAAUUGGCAUUAUUCAGUUAACCUGGCACUGGUGUUAUUAUUAUGGCUGAUUGAUGUACAUGUGUGUGUUGUGUAACAGUAUAUGGAACAAUCUGCAGACAUAUGUGUGUUUUUAGAUGUGUAAUAAAAUUAUCAUUUUUAAAA